GCAUGGCCGAGGCUCAGGCUACGGUGCGCCAUUUGUGUCUAGCAGGAAAACGCGCGGAGAUCCCUAAAGUAUCAAUUUUUGCCAGGAGUUAAAGCCUUGAUAACAAUGAUAAAUUUGAGAUAAAAUAUGGAAGAAACAACAGAAGCUGUAACGCCCCAAGAUGGUGAAGCAAUUUGCACAGUGUGUGGCUUUUGUGCCAAGUGUCCCCGGUCCCUAAAAAUACACUAUGGAAGAAAACAUGGGAAGAAGAAUGUCUCUGAUGACAUGGAGGCCGAUGAGUUAACACAAAAGCAACAAUGUGACGGUGAUCAGAGUUCAUCACAAAAUAAGAAACAAACCAACAAGGAAGAGGCACAGUCACAAGAGAGACGAGUAAGCAAGCGAAUCCCAAAGCCAAAAAUCAUUCAUUCUUGCAAUUACUGUGGUCAAGAAUUUAGGGACAAGGCACCGCUGGACAUUCAUAUCCAGAGAUACCAUACCAAAGAUGUGCCGUACACAUUUGAAGUUGACGAUAUGGAGGAGGAAGUGGGAGCUGAAGAAGUAGUAUCUGAGGAAUCGGGCGAUCACAUAAAGGCCUCCCCAACACUUGGAACCCCUAAACUGUUCCCAGACAAAUUUCAGCUGAAGUGUGAACACUGUGAUUUCAGAACAGGAACCCUUACUUCCCUGGAAAACCACACUCGAGAGGCACACCCAGACUCUGACUGGUACUGCUGCAAAAUCUGCAAUGUUUUUUCAGCUACAAACCAGUGGAUGGACACUCACCUUGUAUCUGAAAGUCACCAAAAGCAACAAAAGGAAGAGAUAAAUUUAGAAUCUUCUUUAUUUGACGUUUGUGUGAAGAAAGUUGGUAAAGAUGAAGUCAUUUUUGAUGCAAUCACUGAGGUUGUACCAAUAGUUGGAGAUCAGAAAAAUGAUGAGACAGUCCGUCCUAAAGUAUUGUUGGUUGAGGAGCAUGACACUGAAGAGCCUCCUAGGAAGAAAAGGGGCAGACCAAAGCUUGGGGCUUCACCAACUUGUGAAUACUGUGGCCUAGUGGUUUCUAAUGCUACUAAUCUUAGUGUCCAUGUACGCCGUAAACACAGCAAAGAAUAUGGUUACAGCUGCACCCUCUGCAGCUAUAACUGUGUGACCAAAGGCGAUAUGGACCGCCAUUGCAUUACAAAGAAACAUAUCAGACGUGCACAAGAGUCUGCAAAUAAAGGUGAUAAAUCUGUUUUAGCAGCUGAGGAGCCUGUAUCCACAGAAGAGCAAGAAGAACCCGAACCCAUGCAGACCACUGCCACAGAAAAUAUCACUAAAAGCACAACAGACAUCAGUGGAGAAGAAGAAAGCCAGUCUAGCCCCAAAGAAAUAAGUGAUGACCCAGUCACUGCUUGCAUUUACUGUGAUUUUGUGGCUCAGUCCCUCCCUUCACUUCAUCUCCAUGUGAAGCGAAAGCACACCAAAGAGUUUGAAUAUGUCUGUUUAGCAUGUAGUUACUAUGCUGUAAACAUUAAGGAAAUGUCUCGGCAUGCAAACACUGAUAAGCAUAAACAGAAAAGCUUGGAAUACUUGGAACAACAAGGAACCGAAGAGCAAAAAACUUUACUCGUCAUAGAGAAAGAUCCUAGUGAGGCUAAUUACGAUAAACAAAACCCUGAUUUUGUCCCAGUUGUGGAGGAAUCUCAGUCGAGUUCUGAUGGCAACGCAGGAGCACAAAACUCAAAUACUGAAGCAGUUGCAUCAACUGAAGUGGCGUCAAAUGAGAAGUUGACAGAAACUGUUGUAUCCAACGAGGAUCAAACCAUUGUGAUUUCUCAAACUCCAUCAGGUCCAUCUAACAUAAAGACUGAGGUUACAGUGUCUAAUACAGAACUUUCCACAGAAGUUCAAACAAUAGAGGAUCCAGUAAUAGAAAAAGACAAUGAGGAAGAUUAUGAAAAUCUAGAAAAAGAUGAAGUUUUAAAUUCUGAUAGUUUUGAUGUACAGUUAACAGGGGCCUCUUUUGAUGCAUCUAUAGUUUCCUAUAAAGCGCUUGUGGAGCAGGAGCAGUUUCAGGAAGGGGAGGCUGCUGUCAUAUGUUUGACUACGGGAGCACCAAUGCCUCCACUCUACCAGUCUGCAGGUGGUGCCUUUGUGAAGAAGCUAAAAACCAAGGAAACAAGGCCGGAGUCUGGGGGCCGUAUCCGCUGUGAAGACUGUGGUUUCCUGGCGGAUGGUAUGAGUGGUCUCAAUGUCCACAUUUCAAUGAAACACCCAACAAAAGAAAAGCACUUCCACUGUUUGGUGUGUGGCAAGUCAUUCUACACCGACAGUAACCUUCAUCAGCAUCUGACCAGCGCCGCUCACCUCCGCAAUGAGCAGAACAGUGUGGAAGAGCUUCCAGAAGGGGGCGCUAGUUUUAAAUGUGUAAAGUGCACAGAGCGAUUUGAGAAUGAACAAGAACUCUUUCUUCACAUCAAAGAGAAACAUGAGGAUCUUUUGAGAGAGGUCAACAAGUAUGUACUGGAAGACACCGAGCAGAUCAACCGGGAGAGAGAGGAGAACAAAGGCAACGUGUGCAAAUACUGUGGCAAAGUCUGCAAGAGCAGCAACUCCAUGGCUUUCCUGGCCCACAUUCGAACACACACAGGAUCCAAGCCCUUCAUGUGCAAGAUCUGCAACUUUGCCACGGCUCAGCUGGGCGACGCCAGGAACCAUGUGAAGAGGCACCUCGGCAUGAGGGAGUACAAGUGUGACAUCUGUGGAUGGGCCUUUGUGAUGAAGAAACACCUGAGCACCCACAUGCUGGGAAAACAUGGAGUGGGACAGCGUAAGGAGAGGAAGUUUGAAUGUGAGUUGUGUGAGCGCUCCUUUAGUGAGAAAUGGGCCCUGAACAACCACAUGAAACUGCACAAUGGGGAGAAGCCGUACAAGUGUGCCUGGCCUUCCUGUCACUACGCCUUCCUCACCCUGUCCGCCAUGAAGGACCACUACAGGACGCACACAGGUGAGAAGUCCUACCUGUGUGAUCUGUGUGGCUUUGCAGGAGGCACAAGACAUGCACUCACCAAACACAGGAGGCAGCACACAGGAGAGAGGCCAUUCAAAUGCAAGUUCUGCAGCUUCGCAUCCACCACGCAGUCGCACCUCUCCCGGCACAUCCGCGUCCACACCGGAGAAAAGCCCUACCGCUGCCCCUGGUGCGACUACAGAUCGAACUGUGCCGAGAACAUCCGGAAGCACAUCCUCCACACAGGCAAGCAUGAGGGGGUGAAGAUGUACAACUGUCCCAAAUGUUCCUUUGCCACUAACUCACCCAAUGAGUUCAGGAACCAUCUGAAGGAGAGUCACGCAGAUAUCGAGAACCCAGACUUGGCCUACCUACAUGCAGGUAUUGUUUCCAAGUCGUUUGAGUGCCGUCUGAAGGGCCAAGGCGCUGCGUUUGUGGAAGCUGAUCUGAUGGGUUCACCUGUGCGCCGAAAACCAUCACUUGACUCGGGACAGGACGAUCCAGUCCAACAAGUCAUCAUAAUCCAGGGCUACAGUGAAGGCGAAGUGUCCAUUGACCAAGCCUUGGAGGAGUCGGCAGCAGCCACGUUACAGACUCUAGCUAUGUCGGGACAAGUAGCUGAGGUGCUUCAUAUCACAGAAGAUGGACAGGUUAUCGCAUCUGGCAGGGAGGUUGCAUCUGCUGGGGCGCACUUAGCUGGAGGCAGCACCCAGUAUGUUGUUUUAGAGUCAGGGGAGGCCAGGGAGCAGCUCGGGACUGGAGUUUCUGUGCGGGGACAAAGCCAUAUUGUAUCAGAAUCAUCCACCGCUCUUGACGCUCUACUCAGCGCCGUCACAGAAAUGGGCCAGCAAGAAGAGAUGCAAGGAGCGGCUACUGUAGUCCAAGAGAUGGUCGGGACAGUGGAAAACGGUGUACCCAUGGAGGUGGAGGUGAAGCAGGAGCAGGAGGAGGUACAGGUGGUGGAGGGGACAGGGCAGGGGGGCAUGCAGGAGGUGCUCCAGCUGGCCGCGUCUCAGAUGAUGAAGGAAGGACUGACGCAGGUGAUCGUGAACAAUGACGGGACGCAUUACAUAGUGACAGAGCUGGAUGACUGCACGUUACAAGUGGAGGAGGGUCUGUACGGGGAGGCCGGGGCAGAGCAGCAGGGGCAACAGGAGCACAAGGAGAUGGUGGUCUAUGUGGAUGGGACUCCUCAUAAUGUUGUACUAGAGGGAUAACAUUAUCACAGUUAGACAUCAAGUCUUCCUUUGUUGAAUUUUUCACUGCAUUUUUCUUUCUUUCUUUUUUGCUUUGUUGUUAAUUUCUGACAGGUAAGAGCUCAGUGGAUAUGUUGUGGCGCUACAUGAUUUGCUCAUCUCAAAUUUUCUGAUCUUAUGACAAAAUGAAUUCUUUCUGGAAUUUAGUAGGUUAAUCUUUCUUUUGUUGUUGUAGUAAGCUUUUCGUAUAAACUGCACUAAUGUUUUUCAGGCUUCCUUUUUGUAAAGUCAAUACAUUGAGAAAUACAAGGAUUAUCUUUUUCAACAAUAAAUUAAGAAUCAGAGUUUUAAAAA